AUGGGCUGGUCGUCUGGCCGCGAAAGUUACAAAUGGAAUUUAACCUGGACAAAUAUGACACAAGACCUUGAGUACCACCUCUUCCAUAAUGUGGACACUUUUGACAUCUCCAUUUAUAUGCCCAAGUACCCUGGCUUCGAUAUCCUUCGCCAUAAUAAAUAUCGAUGCAAAAUAUUCAUUUAUUAUCUCACCCAUGUCUAUGGGGAGAAGGUUGGGUCUGUAACAAGAAGCCCCUACGCUGCCCUGUGUAAGAUUUGGAGUGAGGACUGUAUGAACUCAGUAAUACUCCUUCUACUUUCUGUGGAUGUCAAUAUGACUCAGCCACAUGAACCACCUGGGAAGGAGGAGGUUCAAGGUCUCUCCCGUUUAGCACAAAGUGAUCGUGCCCCACAACAAAUGGAUGUUAUAGAUGCUGAUGUGUUCACCGAGCUGGGAGGUUUGAUCACAGAUAUUUCAUCCCUUCACCAGGACUAUGCUCUGGUCACUCUUCCUGAUACCGUCAUGGGCAGACGUAUCUGCAGCUGGCAGAUUGGGAAGGCUGAGAACAAGCAUGCUUUCCCCUCUUGUUACUUCCUUCUCUACCUACCACAGACUGAGUCCACAAUAGUCGGUGAAUUUACAUUUUGUGGCAACGUGAACAGUACCAUUAAUAAAUCCUGUCACUACAUUGGCCCAGGCCCAUGUUCACUGAAAGUGUCCGUAAACACAACAGGCUUAGAAAUAGAAGCUCAUCUCAUGGGGAAGGGUCGAUCUUCCUGCACACAAGAUACUGCAGCAACUACACCUGAAGCUUCAUCAGAAAUCUGCAUCACUUGGAAAGGGCACGUUGGCCAACUCUACAUAACGCGAGGUGAUGUUGUCAAGUCAUAUUCAGCUGCCUUGUCCACUGAAGGGAAAUGUUGCCAACGUUUCACUCUCACCACUAACACUUCACACAAUAAUUCACCAUGGCUGAGAGACAUUAUUUACGUAAAUCAAUCCAACUUCCAUCCUGUUCACAUGGAAAAAGCUUCUUAUUUGGAAUUUACUGCAUCUGAAGGAGCGUGUGAAACACCAUUUGCUGAUUGCAUAAAUCAGAAAAACAACUUGAAUGAACUCACAAACAAAGGGCAGUUGACAGUAAAUGAUGCUCGCUAUGCAAUGUUACUGACCAACAGAAUCCUGGAGGAAUGUAAUGAGAGUUCUUCAGUCAGACUGGAGUCUGAUCUACGUCAGGUCCUGAAGGAAAUGGAUUUUACGAUGGACAGUAAAACCUUUGUACUUCCUAAUGUCAAAGCUGCUGUGAUCAAUCCGCGUCAGAGUGGUUCUUUAGAAUUUCAGGUUACUGCCAAUUUCUCUUGGGUGGGCCCUGAUGGUCAGGCGAAGUUCACUGCUGUUCGCAUUUAUUUGACAUUUCAGUUACCUCUGUCCAGCGAUGCAAGGGCCGUUGUCAUUCAGUUGCAGAACCAAACGUUAAUCCAGGGCCAGGAGAGGAAGCUCACUUCUCCCGAUGUAACAAUUCAAGUGGGGAGUUCGACUAUUGAUGAUCUCAGUGCCCCUCUGACAGUUACAUUUCAAGAACUGACUUUCUUGCCAAAUCCCACGCCAUGCCAUGUUUUCAGUUCAAGUGGAAAUGGCACCUUCGAUCAGAAUGGAUGUAAGACCGUCCAGAAUGGAGUGAAUAACAAAACGGAUACGAUCACUUGCAGAUGUCACAUCCUGAGUUUCUUCUUUGAAUUAACACUGGAAUCGAAGGAUAUUUUUGACAUUUUUCCAAGUAAUGAACCAUUUAAAAUGACAACAUGGAGUAACCAUACUAUUCAUGUCGAUGUCACCACACCAGUGACAGGCAGCCCUUGUGAAACACCCCUGGAAUCAACCACCAGCAUGUUCUCUUCAGCAGGUGUGAAUCAGAGUUGCGAUCAUUUGCAGCGACAGCUAAAUGAAAGUGAACAAUGCACGAGUGCAGUUAAAUUAGUGAACGAAUUCACGCGGAGAUGUGUCAACCAAACUCAUGAGACAGCUUCUUUCAUCUCAGUUUUGGAAAAUCAAUUACUGCAGAAAGAUUGUAAAACGAAAAGCCAAGUUGUUGAAACAGAGAAUGUAAUAUUUUACACGCGAGAUAUGGAAGCUGAAAAUUUUACAGGUCUCCAGUUCCCUAAUUCAGAUACGGAGAAUAUCUCUGCCUUUGACCCUGCGGUUGCGAUCACUCUGCCAUCGACUCUGUUGGACAACAUUGACAUUGCAGUGAAAGUGGCACGAAGUAAAGUAUUAUUAUUCAGUGAUGCAAGCCUGUUCCAGGCUAAAAAUCAAACUAUUUUAAGUAGAGUGGUUGGAAUUCAAGUGGGGAACAGUACGUUUGAUAAUCUGACAGACCCUGUGAUAAUUGUGUUUAACAAACCAUCACCGGUAAAUGACACUCCAAAAUGUGUCUUCUGGAAGUUAGAACAAAAUGGGAGCACCGUUGAGGGUCACUGGAGCCAUUCUGGCUGCACAACGACAAUCACAGUCAAUGAAGUCACGUGUCAAUGCAAUCACCUGACCUUCUUCGCUGUCUUGCUGCAAAUCGAUGGGAACCCACCAGUGGAUGAGAAGACUUUGAAAUCACUAACAUAUAUCACCUGGAUUGGUUGUGGUGUUUCUGUCAUUUUCACAGUAAUUACUUUAAUCAUCCACUUUAUUCUCAGAAAAGGACAAAAAGAAGCUUCCAUCCAGAUCCAUGUGAAUCUUUCUGCUGCCUUGUUUCUUCUCAAUGCGAACUUCUUAACCAGCACAGCAUUCAGUUUCAGUAGAUCUGAUGAGUUCUGUAAAGCCAUUGCUGCCCUGCUGCAUUACUCACUUCUUUGUAGCUUUACAUGGAUGGGAAUUGAAGCAUUUCACCUGUACCUUAUGCUGAUCAAGGUGUUCAACAUUUACAUUCGUUUUUACAUGCUGAAACUCUGCCUUCUUGGUUGGGGCUUCCCAGCUGGCAUGCUUUUAGUCAUCAUUGGAAUGAACACAGAAAAUUAUGGCCGAUAUUCCAUUCCUGUCAUUGGCAGUUAUGACACUUCUCACAUGUGUUGGAUAAAAAACAAGACAGUGCAUUACGUUACAAAUGUUGCAUAUUUUGCACUCAUGUUCCUGGGUAACUCUAUCAUGCUGCUAAUUGUGUGUGUGAAGGUGUUCAGAUUGAAGGGGACAGAUAGAAAGAGUGUAUUCAGUGUGCUCGGCCUGACUUGUCUACUGGGCAUUACCUACGGCAUAGCUUUCUUCUCACAUGGACCUCAGAGUGUACUUGCAAUGUACCUGUUCUGCAUCCUGAACCCUCUCCAAGGGUUUUUCGUAUUCCUGUGGUACUGCAUGUUACUACGAUCACCUAAUCGCAUUGUCAGCGACACGAGUAAAAAUACAAACACCUAA